AUGCCGGUUGGGUUGGAUGAUUCUCUAGAGGACGAGAGAGAUUUGGAUCAGAUGAUGGCAGAUCGUAGUGCUGCAGAGAUUGGGCUUGAUACCAUGGAGGGUGUUGCGUCAAGGGAAAAGCUCCCCCAUCAUCACAAUGACCAAGGUGUUCUUCUUGGGGCAUGCUUAUAUGGAGAAAAAAGUGCAUCAAGUUUAGCUGAUGGGAUCAAGAAUCAGGGGGAGGGAAAUGAAAAGAUCCCUAAAGAUGUUCAAUCUUCUUCUUCUUCUUCACCAUCUGGACACCAUGAAAGGAAACCACUAAGGCCUCUCAACUACUUUGAUUGGUGUGGGGGUGUUAUGGGAAAAUACGUUGUAGGUGAACUGAAGCCACCUUCUCUUGUAAUGGCUUCUACAUAUGGAUCUGGAAAGCAUCCAUAG